AUGGACACUCGACGUCCCAUCAGAGAUACCGCUGAGCCAAAGGUGCUCUCAGUAGCCUUCAACAACGAUUGCACCCGGUUUGCCUGUGGGUUAGAUGAUGGCUUGAGAGUCUUUCGGGCAAAGGACUGCAUAAGGACAAUCAAGCAAGCUCCUCGGCCUGGACACGGCAUCGCCAUCGCAGAAGUCUUGGAUGACAGAUACACAGCCCUGGUGGGUGGUGGAAGGCUGCCAAAUUCAUCGCCCAACAAGCUUGAGUUCUGGGACCUCGUCGAGAAGAAAAAGCUGAAAGAGCUCAACUUUGGCGAACCCAUCAUUGCCGUCCGGGUCACAGCAAAACAUUGCGUCGUGGUCUUGUUAGAUCGCACUAUAUCUCUGGCGUACACCAAGGACUCCGAGACCGGCACCAUCAAUCUAGGAACUGUAAAAGCACUGUAUCGUACUGCAAAGAACCCCUAUGGUCUCUGCUGCAUUAGAGGCGACACUUUAGCACUGCCUGGAGAAACGCCUGGACAAGUUCAGGUGCUGACCUUGACUUCGAAAGAUAAGAAGGUCUUCAAAGCUCACGAACAAGCAUUGAGACAGAUGGCUAUCAGCAGGGACGGAGCCAUUAUCGCCACAGCCAGUUCACAGGGCACCAUCAUCCGCAUCUUCAGCACUACGGACCCAACAAAAUCUACUGAAUUGCGUCGAGGCCUGGAGUCUGCAUCGAUAUGGGGUCUCGCUUUCUCGCCAUCUUCGUACUUCCUCGCAUCCACAUCAGACAAAGGCACAUUACACAUCUGGGACCUGCGUGCCCCAAGAGCACCAGAAGAACGUAUUCGACAACCUUCCGACCAGCGAAAACGCAAUUCUGGUAGUCGUGUCCAUCAUGACUACGACACGAUAUCUCAUGCUUCUGGCUCUUCGUCACCACUGCCAGGUGCUGUAGCCACAGCUACAGGAGGCUAUAUGCUACCUCCACCAGACCUUCGUCACGCACCACCUGCCACUGCACCUUCACUGGGAUCAAUGCUAAGUGGUCUAGCCAAAGGCACAAGAUCAUCGACAUCCAUCGAAUUUACUAUCGGUUCUGAUCCAACAAACUGGCAGGGACAGCCACGUUACACCAGUACAACGUUGCCUAAUGGGCAAACAGCCAAACUCAAGGUCGACAAUGUGGCUGUUCCUGGUAGACCGGAUGGCAAACCGCCAAAGGGAGUGGUUGCUUGGGAUCCGGAAGGCGGAGAUAGGAGACUGUGGGUCGUAGAAGGCGGAGCAGAUGCCAGAUGGGAGGUGUUUGAAUUGGCAGAUGAUUUGAGCACUGGUGGUGUCAAGAUUGGAAGUACGGGCUUCAGAAAUUAUCUCACUAGGCAGUUUCCCGAGAAGAGCUGA